CAUCGCUAUUACUCGUGCUGCCGCCACUGCCGCUGUCACCGUCGCUGCGUUCUGUACUAUUACCGCUGCUGCCGCCGCCGCAUCUACUACUACAUCAGACGACAUAACGACCGGCGACAUUACGAUUACCGAUACUAUUUUUUUUUAUUACUCCUACCACCACCACUACUACUACUACUACUAAUAUACUACUACUAAUACUGUAACUCGUAAUAUUUAUACUGAAAACACUACCGCCGCUGUUAGCGAUACCACAACCAUUGUCGCGUUUACCGGUGCCGUAACCACUAUAUAAUUACCACUACAGCGGUGGCGGCGACAACGACUCGGUGGUCAGCCGCGUUACGCCACCAUCUACACUGAUAUUAUGGGCCGCCGCGUAGCCCGCACCGUUUUACGGCAACGUCGUCGUCGUGUGCGGACAGCGGACCGCCGCCGUCGCGGGCUUUGUGUUGUUAUGGUCGAUUGUGCGGGUCACCAGCCCGGCGACGCGACAUGAUCUCUGGCGUCGACACGACGCUACAACGCAUCUCCUCAGUCGUCAGAUCUUCGUUUCAUCUGCAGGCAGUUGCAGCUGUUGUACAACAUCACCAUCGACAUCGCCACCGCCACCACUACGCGCUACCGACUCAUCCGUCAAGUACAAGGAGGAAAAAUGCGGAUUCCGCGGCGAAACGGCCGGAUCGGUUGUGAUAGAGUGGUGGCGCCGGUUCCGGCGGUACAAUGCGCGCUGCCAGCACCGGCGGCGGUCCUAUCCGUCUCGUCGUCAUUUGGCCGAUGGUGCUCGCAGCGCUGGUCAUGACCGCAACCGGCGCCUCGCCAACGUCCGCCGCGGUGUACGCCGCUACGGCCACCUUCACGGCCGCCACGGCCACGGCCACCGCGGUGGCAGCGACCCGCCGGACCGGGCCGCCGUCCCCGUCCCCGUCCCCGUCGUCGUCAAAUCUAUCAAAAUCAUCGCCGCCGCCGCCGCUGUCGGCCGCGGUCAACGCGACGGUCGGCACCGCGGCCUGCGAAAAGGUGCGCGUGUCGCUCCGGGAGCCGGCCUGCACCGGACAGAUAAGCGAGGGCCCGGGCCCGCCGCGGUGUCCCGCGGCCUUCCCGUGCGCCGGACGCGCCGAUAACGAUAAUAAUAAUUAUAAAAAUAUUAAUAAUAAUAAUAAUAAUAAUAUAAAUGUUAAUUACGAUUACAAUAAUAAUAACGAUAACGAUAGUGUUAAUAAUUAUAAUAACGAUAACGAUAACGAUAAUAAUAAUAAUAAUAAUAAUAGUUAUAAUAAUAGUAGUAAUCAUCAGUGCCUUGAAUACGCCCAUCGGCAGCUCAUACCGGCCAUGUGCCCGGACGACCCGGGCGCGUAUCGCCGGCCCGGCCGUCUGUCCCGGUUCCGGCUCCGGCACUGUUGCCACCACACCGUCGAGUCGGUCGUACAGCAGCCGUACGCGGACAAGGAGUCGUGCGUCGACCAGGUGAACAAGGCACUGGACAUGGACGACAUAGCGGCGGCCAUGUCGUGUCAGUUCAACGAGGUGUUGGCCAGGUACGACUGCAAGCAAAAGUACUCCGCCAAGUCGUGCGAUUCGUGCAAGGACGCUUACGCUCUGUGGGCGUGUGCCGCGGUCCUGCCUCACUGGACCCGGACGACGGCGAAACAGGGACGCCGCGGCCGUUACAGGGUGAACGCUUGCCGGUCCGUGUGUCUGGAGGCCGAACAAAAGUGUCCGUGGCUACUUCCGGUAGCUGAUGACGCCAACCCGUACGCUGGUGAAGCAUCGUUCACUUGUAUAGAUCCAGACAUAUGGUUCCAAACGUCUGCGACGGACGUGACCGAACAAUGCUGCUACGAGCACUGCGCGGACGGUCUAUGCGUGCGGAACGAAACGAUGUGCAACGAUGACACUGGCGGUGGCGCCUUGGACCUCCACAGGCCGGUGUGCGUGGAAAGCGUUCCGCAGGCGGACGAGGAGUCUCAGUGCACCGACUAUAGUCUGACCGACAAGUCCUCAAGUCGAGGUCGACCGGACCUGCCACUGCAGCUCCUGUUGUGGGUGUCAUCGGGACUGGCGCUGGCGGCGGCAGCGGCCGUCACGUAGUGGCUGACGAGACGAUGACGACGAAAACGACGGAAGACGGGGAAGAAAGGAGAUCCGAAACAAAAAACACGAUUUCUGCAAAAUUAUAAAUCUAUUAUUAUUAUUAUUAUUAUUAUACAUUAUUGUUGUUAUUAUUGUAAUGUCACUUGUGAACGGAUGAGGUUUUUAUCUCAGAAAAAAAAAACCAAACCGAAAAAUAAUAAUAAUUAUUAUUAUAUAGUAUGAAAAAAAAAAAAUAAUAACGAAAAUAAGGACGGACCGCCCGUCCGAUAAACGCGGACGCAACGGGCACGAGCAGUGCUUAUAAUGGCUCGUCAUCGUUGCUUGACGGCGGCCGGUGAACCGGAGGGAGCUUGACACCUCUCUGACAGGGUCCUCGUUCUUGAUAAGACUAUUAUUAAAAUACUUAUACAAUACAUUAUAUUGUUAUAAAAAUUCACACAGUCACACACACAAACACAUAAUAUACACAUAAGAGGCGUAACUAGGGAAGGUAGCCUGGGGGUGGAUUUGUCACUUCUUCCAACAAAUAAUUUAAACCUCAGCAUCCACUAAAAUCAUUGAAAAAUAUUACACAGGCUUUCAAAAACUGUAAAAAAAAUAUAUGAUAUACGUUUUAACCCCAUCUUCUUGAGAUCAGUUGUUUCGUUAUUACAACCGUAUCAUAUUCAUACUAACUCAAUGGGGGGUUGAACGGUACAUAUUUAUCACCCCCUCUAAAAUAAUUCAAACUUCAGCAUCCAUUAAAACUAUUGAAAAAAAUAUUAUAAACACUAUCGAGAGUAGUAAAAUAUAUUAUAUUUUACACGUUUUAACCAUUCUACCCGAGUUUAAUUAUCUGAUUACGCCCAUUUCACACACACACACACACACACACACACACACACACACACACACACACACACACACACACACACACACACUCACACAAACAUUUUACCACGAUCGCUGGUGCCGCAGGUUUUUUCAGACCGGGACCAAUAAAAUAUUAUCACAAUAUAUAAACGACCGACGAUGGAAUGAUUAUAUUGACAGAUAUAUUAAAUAAUUAUUAAAACAACGCGUAAGGCGUAGAGUAUUAAUAUAUUAUUAUAACACUUUCAACGCGUAUAUAAUUUAAUUAAAUACUAUUGUGUUAUUGUAGUGUUAAGAACAUUAUAGGUACGUAGAUACCUACGUAUUACCGCUAUUACCUACCAAUAGGUCGUGAUGAGUUAUACAACUCAAUGUCCAAAUAAGUUGUAUAGAGUGAGAAACGGAUUCACGCAUUUGUUUUUUUUUUUUGUUGUUGUUCUGUUUUCUUGUUUUAAUUUAUUUUUUUGUUUAAAUUUAAUUUCAAUAUCUUACGAACAAUUGAGAACAGUGGAUAAAAAAUAUCCAAUAGUCACGUAACGACGAUCGAUUACAAUAAUUAUUAGUUAUUAUAUAAGUUUAUGAUAUCGUCAGAAACACGGAUCGUUUUCAUCUUAAUAUUAAAUAUACCUAUUAUACUCAUAAUUGGCGUGAUUUUUAUCUUAACCUGUUUUAAUACUCGCCAUUUAUUGUCAAAUGCGCUGUAUUAAGACAUUCGAAUGAUAAAUUGCGCUUGAAUUACUCAAACGAUUUCACGUGACGAUCCAAUUACAAGAAAUAAUCAAUAAUUAUUUGGGGAUUUUUUUGUACCCACCAGAUUAGUAUUUAAAACUUUACGAAAUAAAAUAAACUUAAAUAUUUGUAAUAAGUAAACAUUUUCUUGUGUUCAUUUCCAUAAUUUUGCAAAAACAUAUGAAUUCAUCUUCUACGAGUUAUAAAAACGAAUUAAACCUCCUCAAAGCGAUAGACACCUGUCACCAAAAGUUUUUUUAAAUUAUUUUUUUUUAGUAAGUAAUAUAGGUUGUAUUUUUUACUUUUUAAGUUACAUAUUAAUUAUUGAACGUUUAUUAUUAAAAUGAAUGUCAUUAAAUAGUAGGUAUGUCCCGUGUUAUAUAGAUUCGUACGGGUGAUCUUUAGCAUAUUGUGAUUAUUAGCUUCUAUAUGGUUUUAAGUUUUUUGUUAAUUUAUUUUGUUUUUAAUGUUUUUAUUGAUUUUUAGAAUUGCUGGAGACAAAUUAGUUAAAUUUUGUUUAAGACAAUAAUAUUAUUGUUGUUUUCGUUUACGCAUAGAAAAAACUUACGAAUAGGACCUUAAAAAAAAAAAAAAAUGUUCUUGGGCCUGAAAAUCGGAAAGUGUUAAAAAUAUAUUGUUCCUGUUAGAAUUUAAAUUUAUAAAAUAUGCUAAAUUUGUUGUGAAAUUUAAUAUGUUCAAAUAUAAUUAUAACAUACAAACAUUGUAAUAAUUUAAAAUAAAUAUAGGGUUAAUUUUUAUAAUUUGACUGGUUUAGGUAAACAUGGUUGCAAAAAUAUAUUAUCUAUAGAUAAUAAAUGUAUAUAUAUAUUUAUUAUUUAUAUAAAUAUAUCUAUAUAUUAUUUAUUUAUUUAAAUAAAUAUAUAUAUAUGAUAUGAGUUAGCUUUAUUUGUAGGUAGUUCCGUCCAAACAUAUUAUAUUGUAGUUUAUAAACAAUAUCUCGUACUUACGGCCUACAGAACGUUAAAUUUAAUUGAGCAAUUUAUUUUCAAAUCUUAUUUCAUGCCCUUCAAUUGUAAUUUUUUUGUUUUUGUGCCAAUUUAAAUCUUACUUAAGUCAAUAUUAUUAGAAAAGUGCUCAAUAUAUAUUGUAAAAAUUAAUAGACUUAGAAAUGAAAAAAAAAAAUGUCAAAUCUUAUAAGUAUAUUAUUGUAGGUUUAAUAUUUUUAAAUAAAUUAUUUAAGAUUAUUUUUUAACUAUAUAAUAAAUUACGGAUUUCUCAAAGAAAUUAUGAAAUAUGGUAUAAAACUAUCAGCCGGCUUGUCGGAAUGAAUCCCAUCAUUUUUUUUUUUAAAUCAGUUUUAUUGUAUUUGCUCGAUGUAAAAAAAUUAGUUGUUAUACAGUUAUGUAUGUGGUACUUUUCUAAAUACAUUUUGAAACUGUUAAUGCAAUAUUUGUUUACAAGAUUCAAUGAAAAAAAAAAUAGUGAUCAAUUUGGCACAAUAUGUAAUACUCGCUUUUGUUAUUUAAAAUGUUAUUGUUUCUUUUCAAUACACAGUAAAAUGCAAUAAGUGUUCUUAUGUUGUGCGAAAUGAUGUAUUGAUAUUCAGUAGAUAUAAAAAUUUGUUUAUGUAUUAAAAAAUAAUGAAACAUAAUUAAAGUAAAUAUAAAAUACUGAUUAGAAAAAUGAUGAUGGGAAAAAAUGUGGCUUACAAAAUAUACUAAUAUUUAAUACCUAUACAUCAAACUCAUUAAAGUCGUACAAAAUUUUUCAUUUUGAGAAGACCGUCCUUAUUACUUACAAUUAUGUACAUAGCCAUAAAACUAAAUAUAAUAUUAAUUAAUUUUCUACUCUAUAUACUAUUUCUGUUCAUAAAAAGAAAAAAAAAUUCAAAAUUAUUUUAUAGCUUUUUAGGUACGUAUACUAAUAAUUACUAAUGAGUUUAUAUACAAUUAACUGAGUGCUCUGUAGAUGAAAGUUUUAAGGUAUUUUUACACCACUUGAGUAGAGACCAAGGGGCAAGGGCUAACCACUCCAUAGCGGUCGUUUGAUUAAUAUAAUAAUAAAGAAAACAUAGAUAACGAUAAUAAUAUAAUAUGAUUGAUUAGACAAUUACAAAAUUAAGGUUAUAUUUACCUCUAUUAAUAAUGUCAUUAUACUGAAUAUAUUAUAAUUAUAAAUAUAAACAAACAUGUAGUCAAUUGUAAAAAUAAUUCUAUAUGAUUAUAUUAAGUAUUAUAAAUAAUAAAAUAUAAAAACUGUUGGUUAAUUAUUAGUUUUGUAAAACAUUUGUUACGUUCAGACGUAUAUUAUAAGAAUUUUAAAAUAAUAAUAUGAAUGCAAAUUACUAUUACGAGAACAGAAAAACAUUAUGUUAUGGAAUAAAACGUUUGUUUUAUAGGAAAUAUAUAUAAUUUAAAAUACAUGAUAUUGUAUGUUUGUGUUUUUUUUUUGUGUAUGUAAUGUGUUUGCACCUAUACGAGAUAAAUUGUAUUGUAUUUUGUCAUCGUCGAAUAAUAUUAUAACAUAUUGUAAUAACUCAUGAUAAUAGACUUGGCAACAACGCAAUUUGUCGAUAAUAACGACUUUGCAUUCAAAACACAAAGGUGCUCAUAUAACAACAAUGUUCAACACCUAAUAUUUUAUCGUAAUACAAACCAUUUAAUGAUA